CGUGCCGGGCCUUAUCACCGUCGUCAAGUCGGCGAAUAGACACGUGCCUUCAUCCGAUCGUAGUUUUCGACGACAUUUUUAAUCGUUAAUUUCUAUUAUAUGGGCAGUUCUGCUCUUUUUUUUUUUAAUUUUCGGCAUUUUUUUUCGGAAAUCCUCUCUUAAUGAACAUUUAUUAUUAUUAUAGUUGCGUUGAAACGAAACCAUGGCUUUACUGUUAUACACUGGGUGCUUUUGGUUAUUAUUAAUAUCGUUAAUCUUGACUCAAGCUCAUAAUCCAGGAUUUACUCGUUCUAAAAGACAUCCAAACCAGUCAGGAUUAAUCGCCAUUUUUGGUGAUGAUAAUGUCACUGGUUUUAAUUUGAAUUCUACAUGGAAAAUAAAUGAUAUGAAAGACUGGGGAGAAUGGUCUCCGUGGUCACCGUGGACCCCUUGUUCUACAUCAUGUGGUCUAGGAGUUACCAAACAAACGAGGCAAUGCAUUCGAAAAUCAACUGAUGUACAAAGGAAUGUUUUUUACAAGAGACACCGUUUGAAACGAGUGUCUGACGCGGAUAACAAAUGCAGAGGGCAAACAGAGGAAACUAGAUACCACGUUUGUAAUAAACAGCUGUGCUCGAAUAAUACUGAUUUUCGGGAAACUCAAUGCUCGUCGUUUAACGAAAAGCUAUUUAACGGUCAAAAGUACACAUGGUCAGCAUACUAUCAAGCUACAAAUCAAUGUGCAUUGAACUGUAGAGCAAUAGGAUAUCGUUUCUAUGCCACCCUAAAACCAAAGGUGAUAGAUGGCACAUCUUGCAAUGGAACAGAUUACUCAAGACCUUUCAUAUGCGUAGAAGGACAAUGUAAGGUGGUCAGUUGUGAUGGUUCAAUAGGUGGACCUCUAAAGAGAUUUGACGGUUGUGGUGUAUGCGGUGGUGACAAUAGCACGUGUCGUUUAAUUUCUGGUAUUUUCACAAGACCAGACAUGCCAACAGGAUUACUGACCUACACGUUUUUCACAGGAUAUCAGACGUCCACGAUGGUGUGCAUCAAAGAACACAACCAGCAGCAGCAAAUUGUCGCAGACAAACGGUGCCACGGGUYGGAGAAACCGCAACCCCAGGUGCUCAGAUGCAACGUGAAACCAUGCGAGGCGCAGUGGUCCAUCACCGAUUGGAGCCCUUGCUCAGUUAGUUGCGGUUUAGGAGUCCAGACCCGGGAGAUGGCGUGCAGACAGCAAAUCAAUCCCAUGCUGACUAUGAAUGUGGACGAGUCGGCUUGUCCGUCGCCAAUACCGUCCAACGUCAUCCUGUCCAAAGCCUGUCAAAGGCCGCCUUGUGAUUCCAUCCAAUCCGACAGGGCCUCGCAUUGGAUCGCUGGCACUUGGUCCAAA